UCUUCUUCUUCUUCUUCCUCUUCUUCUUCUAUCUCACAAACCUUUAAGCAGACUAAUAAUGGCGGAAAAUCGCAUUUUCUCAGCACAAGUCCUUCUGUUUUCUGUAUUAGUUGCGGCUUUGACUGCAGCUUCUGCCGUAAUGGUGGUGUCUCUUGCGCCAAGAAACGAGAGACCCUGUUUUAGCAGUUCGUUCGGUCGCAUUUUCGAAGCUCCAAAAAAUGGCAUUUUUCAACUGGACAAUGGCUUGGCUGAGACACCACCAAUGGGAUGGAAUAGCUGGAACUUUUUUGCCUGCAAUAUCAAUGAAACAGUAAUCAAAGAAACAGCUGAUGCACUCAUUUCAACCGGGUUGGCUGCUUUAGGCUAUGUAUAUGUUAACAUAGAUGAUUGCUGGUCUGCUGCAACACGAAAUUCGGAGGAUCAACUGGUCCCUGAUCCAAAAACUUUCCCAUCAGGAAUUAAAGUGCUUGCUGAUUAUGUACAUGACAAAGGCCUCAAGCUUGGUAUUUAUGCUGAUGCUGGGAUUUUUACUUGUGAAGUUCGACCUGGAUCAUUGUACCAUGAAAAUGAUGAUGCAGAGCUCUUUGCUUCUUGGGGUGUGGAUUAUUUGAAGUACGACAACUGUUACAAUCUGGGAAUCAAACCAGAAGAAAGAUAUCCACCAAUGCGUGAUGCUCUAAAUGCAACGGGAAGGACGAUUUUCUACUCCAUCUGUGAAUGGGGUGUUGAUGAUCCUGCCUUAUGGGCAGGCAAAGUUGGGAAUAGUUGGCGAACAACAGAUGACAUAAAUGACUCUUGGGUAAGUAUGACUACUAUUGCAGAUUUGAAUGAUAAGUGGGCAGCCUAUGCAGGACCUGGAGGAUGGAAUGAUCCUGAUAUGCUCGAAGUUGGCAAUGGAGGAAUGACUUACCAGGAAUACCGCAGUCAUUUUAGCAUCUGGGCUCUCAUGAAGGCCCCUCUAUUAAUUGGUUGCGACGUGAGAAACAUGACUGCAGAAACAAUGGAGCUUUUAAGCAACACAGAAGUCAUUGCUGUAAACCAAGAUUCACUUGGUGUCCAGGGAAGGAAGGUCCACUCUUCAGGAACAGCUGGUUGCAAGCAGGUUUGGGCAGGACCAUUGUCGGGACACAACUUGGUUGUUGCUCUGUGGAACCGAUGCUCAAAAGUUGCAACCAUCAAUGCUAAUUGGGAAGCAAUUGGGCUUGAAUCUAGCACUAGCGUCUCCAUUCGAGAUUUAUGGAAGCAUGAACAAGUUGCAGGUGAUGCAGUAUCGUUCAGCUCUCGAGUCGACGCACAUGAUUGCCACAUGUAUAUUUUCACGCCUCAAACGGUAUCUCACUGGGAGAUCUAGUUCACCACCCAAUAGGUGUGGUUUUCCAUUGGACUUUAAGACGGUUCUGCAGCUCAUUUGAAACUCUCAAAAGAAUAAUUUGUCUCAUAUGAAUAAAGUGGCCAAAGUUUCAGCUUUUGGCUGUAUGUUGUGUUAUCACUGAAAAAUCGGUAUUCUGCCUUUUGUCGAAGCCGUUUUAUCCAUCGUACUAGUUUCUAGGAAAUUCUCCUGGCCACAAAAACAAAAAAGAGCAAAAGGGUUCAAGCACUUCUAGGAUGGCAGAAGAUGCAUUGCUUGGUUCUGGCAAGUGUAGUUCAGCUUUGAACAGAGUUAAUUUUCGUAAGCAACAAGCAAUUGAUCACCAAACUAGUUAGUGAACAA